AUGGCUGUCUUCCUCCUCCUCCUGACGUACACCAUGAAUGCACAGUACUCUGUUCAUGACCUUGGAGCAUUGCAGCAGACAGUAUUUCUGUGUCUGGCCAUGGUGUCAGAUCCUUCUGAGCCCAUCCCUGCUCUUUUGUUUGAUUUGAGGAUAUCAUGGGAACAAACUGAGAACUGUGGGCCUCCGCCUAAUAUCACAAAUGGUGUUAUUGUUGGUGAAGUACUGGCAAGUUACACACCAGGAUCAUCUGUGGAGUACAGGUGCAAUGAGCAUCAUCGACUGAACGGGUCCAAAAUGUCCUAUUGUGAAAAAAGAGCGUGGUCAUCUCCCCCUGUUUGCAUGGAGCCGUGCAUCCUGAAUGAAGACGACAUGACGAAGAACCACAUCGAGAUCAAGUUUAAAAAUGAAGGGAAGGUCUUCCAUGGAGAUUUGAUGGAAUUCAUGUGUAAGGAAGGCUAUGACCUGCCGCCCUCUGAACUCUCUGUAAAGUGUCACAGGGGGGAGCUAAAGUACCCCUCCUGCAUUAGAAAAGAAAGAAGAAAUGGAUGUCCCCCUCCACCUAUUCCUGUUAAUUCCAAAAUUGAAAGUCAUUCGACAUUUCAUGAUCAUGAUGAAGAAGUAGUUCACAUAGAAUGUGAACGGCAUUUUGAGCUCCGGGGCUCAGAUGAAAUGCGCUGUGAACAUGGAGAAUGGACGGAGCCCCCUAAAUGUGUUGAACAAAUUGAGAACUGUGGGCCUCCGCCUAAUAUCACAAAUGGUGUUAUUGUUGGUGGAGUGCUGGCAAGUUACACACCUGGGUCAUCUGUGGAGUACAGGUGCAAUGAGCAUCAUCGACUGAACGGGUCCGCAAUGUCCUAUUGUGAAAAAGGAGUAUGGUCAUCUCCCCCUGUUUGCAUGGAGCCGUGUACUCUGAGUGAAGACGACAUGACCAAGAACAACAUUGAGGUCAAGUUUAAAAAUGAAGGGAAAGUCUUGCAUGGAGAUUUAAUAGAAUUCAAAUGUAAGGAGGGCUAUGAGCUGUCUCCAUCUACCCACUGGUCUGAACUCUCUGUGAAGUGCCACAGGGGGGAGGUGAAGUACCCCUUCUGCAUUAGAAAAGAAAGAAGAAAUGGAUGUCCCCCUCCACCUAUUCCUGUUAAUUCCAAAAUUGAAAGUCAUUCGACAUUUCAUGAUCAUGGAGAAGUAGUUCACAUAGAAUGUGAACGGCAUUUUGAGCUCCGGGGCUCAGACGAAAUGCGCUGUGAACAUGGAGAAUGGACGGAGCCCCCUAAAUGUGUUGAAGAGAGGAGGGUAACCUGUGAGCACCCACCCAGCAUAGAGAAUGGCGCACCAAUCCAAAAUUCCAGGGCUUAUUCCUGUGGGGAUAAAGUAGAGUACCACUGUGAAAGGGGAUACCACCUAAUCGGGCCGAAGGAGAUAUCUUGUCAUCAUGGACAGUGGUCAUCUCCCCCAGAGUGUGUCGAACAUAGCAAGCACUGUGGGCCUCCGCCUAGUAUCACAAAUGGGACUGUUGUUGGUGGAGUGCUGGAAAGUUACAAACAUGGAGACUCAGUAGAGUACAGGUGCAAUGAGUAUUAUCUACUGAGUGGAACCAAAACAUCCCAUUGUCGAAAAGGAGAGUGGUCAUCUCCCCCUGUUUGCAUGGAGCCAUGCACUAUGAAUGAAGAUGACAUGACUAAGAACAACAUCGAGAUCAAGUGGAAACAUGAAGGGAAAAUCUUGCAUGGAGAUUUGAUAGAAUUCAAAUGUAAGCAGGGCUAUGAGCUGUCUCCAUCCACCCUGCUGUCUGAACUCUCUGUGCAGUGCCGCAGGGGGCAGGUGAAGUACCCCUCCUGCAAUAGAAAAGAAUCUAAAGGAAGGUGUGCACCUCCUCCACUUAUUAAAAAUGGAGUCAUUAUUAGUUCAACUGUAACCACUUAUGAAACUGGUUCCUCUGUAGAAUACAGAUGCUUUGAGCACCAUUUCCUGCAUGGACAUAAGGAGGCUCACUGUGUGGAGGGAAUAUGGACUCCUCCACCGGUAUGUUUAGAGCCUUGCACAUUGUCUCAUCAUGAAAUGGAAAAGAAUAAUCUACACUUGAAAUGGCAUUUUGAUGAUAGGCCAUUCAUUUUGCAUGGCGAAUAUGUUGAGUUUCAUUGUAAGAGAGAUACUUUCCUAGUUGAGUCAUCUGUUAUCAGAGAUGAAGUUAGAGUGAAAUGUGACAAAGGAUACCUGAAAUAUCCAAGGUGUGUCGAAAGAGAGAGGUAA